AACGCGGUCUGGCUAGCUGCCUCCUCACCGCACCUGCAUGCGCGCGGCGCCGCGCUCCUCUCCUCUCUUCUCCGAUGGAGAGAUCAGCUUUUCACCAUGGCGGACCUCACGCUUCUCCCCCGCUUCUUUACCAACCCAUAUAUACCUCCCAGCCUCCUGGCCUCAUGCCGGAUCUCACGCUUCUAGUUCUCCUCGUGCGCUUCUUGACACCUCUACCUACCUUAGCUCUCCUCUUUCAGACUGCCAGUACUCCACUGCUGCCCACAGCGCGCGCGCACACACACCUCGAAACGACGAGUACUUAACGGCUUACCCACCCGGCAUACACCUGCGCGCACCAUAGAUUUGCUAGGUUCAUAGGCGCACUGCAGCUCUGGCAUGUGUGUGUAGGUGUGUGUGAAUAUAUAGAGGGGCGUGCCCUAAUGGUACAUGGCUGAGCAGCCUUCUGGAGCCUCCUCGUCUGCUGCGGGUGCUGCUACUCCUCAGCUGCAAGUGCAAGCUGCUGCUGAACCGGCGACCGAGCUUUCCCCGGGUGCUCCUGCCUCGCCCCAUUCCCCGCCGGUUCACCUAGGCGAGACGGUGGGGACAACGACGGCGUUGGCGGCGACGAGCUCCGGGGAGCCGUCGCCGCGGUCCACUGGGAAGCACCCCUUCUACCGCGGCAUCCGGUGCAGAAACGGCAAGUGGGUCUCGGAGAUCCGCGAGCCGCGCAAGGCGCGCCGCAUAUGGCUCGGAACUUACCCGACGGCCGAGAUGGCUGCCGCGGCCUAUGACGUGGCCGCCCGCGCGCUGCGCGGCUCCGACGCCGUGCUCAAUUUCCCUGGCGCCGCCGCCUCGCGCCCUGUCCCCGCGUCUGCCUCCCCGGAGGACAUACGUGCGGCCGCAGCCGCAGCCGCGGCGGCCGCCCAGCUUUACAGGCCGCACGGCAGCGAGGCGCCUGAUGGCAGUGCUUCGACUGCCGCGACAGCGGAGGAGCAGAGACAUCACGGCACAAUAACAAGCGGAGGCGCCGCCGAUGACCGCACGCCGCAGCAUCAGAUGGGCAAUGAGGACUUCAUGGACGAGGAGGCGAUCUUCGAGAUGCCGCAGAUGCUGCGCAACAUGGCGGCGGGCAUGAUGAUGAGCCCGCCAAGGCUGAGCCCCACCGCCUCCGACGAGUGGCCGGACCCGGCGGGGGCCGGGGAGAGCCUGUGGAGCUACCACGAUCCCUAGUGAGUAUUUUGCAUUGGCUUAAGACAUGAUGACCGGUGAGCUGGUUGGUACGUGCUCCAGUACUAUACCAGUUACUAAACCUAAUUAAUCCGGAGUACGGCAGUGGAUGUGGAUACAUGGCGGGGCAUCGUCCUCUAUCUGGUAUAUAUGCGUGCGCCAUAAUAGUGGUAUCACUGGGCGCUGGACUGCGAUAUUAUAGCUGCUACCUAGAUAGUAUACUCGCCAGUUACGUCAGAUUCGAUAUUAUGUUCUAGCUAGCUACGUACGGUCAUUUUCGCACAUAAAGUCCGCUCGUUGAUUCGCUUGGCUUAUUGCUCGUUUUACUAUGAGAUAAUGAGAGCAAGCAGGCGCCACGUACCUUUUUCUUCUUUUUUUUCUAUAAAAAGCGCCGAGUGGAUCGCACAUCACCGGGAGACUAAUGCAUUGUAGCUUUUGUAACAGUAGACAUAAAAAUAUUUGGCGGUGGAUAAACUAAGAUGGACGCGGACGUCCAUAUGGAUCCAAUUUUCCUUUUCUUUAGUGGUGUCUUUUGGCUGUAGUUUAUAUGUAGGAGUAGUAUAUUAUGAAUUGGGGAAGUUAGCCGUUGAGAAGAGCAAAAGAGGGAAGAGUUGGUGGGCAA